UUACAGCUCACAGUGUAUAUAUAUAUAUAUAUAUUUGCAGCCAUUACUUGAUUACAUUCCUCAAUACAUGUGCCCAACGCCCGCCAAGAAAAAAAAACAAUAACAACACAAUCUAUCGAAACAUCUCUAUUGGACAAUUACUCCUAGUGGGAUACAUACAGAGAUACAGCAGAUUUGGAGCCCAUAUAACACAUGGGAAAAAAACAUGCUCAACAAUAGUCCCACAACUCUCGUAAUCUCCAACUAUCACAAAUUAUGAAACCAAAGGAAUCACAAGAUUUACCACAAUUUCGUAGAAAUGAUCCACACUUUCUCUACCCAUAUACAAAGUAAAAAAAGUUAUUUUAUUUUCCACUUCCAUCUUUCAAUAUAGCAAGACUACGUAGAGAACUACCUACACGUUGUAUUUCCCCGAAUUAAAACGUACGAAAAAGGAAUUACAUAAUUAUUUCCGACAGUUUGUCUCAAGUUUAUUACGCAAUUUAUAAAUGUAAGACGUGAUUAUAGAAAAUGUAUUAUAUAAAGAGAAUCAUCCAAUAUUGGGCUUCAAAUAUGUAAACAUUCUUGUAGGUUAAAUUUAUCGUUAUUCUAGUUAUUACCUCUCUUGUAUACCUAACAUGACUCAACAUCACACUGCACUUAUAGACGAUGAUGAAGGACUUUUCCAACCAGUUAGAGAAUUCUCAGAACCGUUAGAUGCCAGUCCGGAAUACAUUAGAUCAUCUCCAUACCAUGAACAGGAACAUCAACUCCAGUUGGACACCCUUGAUGUGGGAUAUAGAUCACUUGCAUUAGCCUUGCAAUCCUUUGUCCCCGUUAAUGGGAAUAAAGAUUACCAAUAUGAAGAAUAUGAAAAGGCAUUCCCAAUCAAGGAAAUUGUGGAAAGAGCACAAGAAUAUUCAAAGCUUUUAGGAGAAGAAAAUUUACCAGAAUUAACGGCAUAUGUAAUUGGAUUUAGAUCAAUUUUACAUGUAGAAGUGCAAGAAUCAGCUGAGAAAAGAUCAAUACUGGCAAGGAUUGAUAAGGGAUCACACACAGAGGCAAACAUAUCCGGGGGGCUUCUCAAGUAUUGGUUUGGCACUCCUGAUGAUGAAAAUGCAAAGAACUUGGCCACAUGUUGGUGGACAAACCGUGAAGCGGCCAAAAUCGGUGGUGGAGGUAAAACCCAUCGUGAAGGUAUGGCAUUGGUUAAAUCGUGGUAUAAGCACUGGCAGGUGGAAGAAUAUGAAUUACACGUUCUUCCUCGGGGAGAAGGGUACACAUUUGGCCCCGUAUCAAAAAGAUAGAGAUGUAUAUAGUAGACAGUAUUCUGACAAAAAAAAGAAAAAUAUUGAAAAAUUGAAUGAAUUGUAGAGAUUCCAAAGUAUAAGCAAUUCUUCAUAAAGAGGCAUAUUCCUAAUUGGAAUGAUCUAGUUGACAUAUCUCUAUUGUUAUCGAGAUUAUUUUUUGGUCUUGGGUGUUAUUUUUUUAUAAUUGUUUCGAUUUUUUAGUACAAGUGUCGUUUCCUUAAUGUGAAUUCUUCAAAAGAUAAUCUCUUGCAACUUCCGGUUGAUGGGAAACGUUGGUCAGAUGUACUCGGGGGAUGAACUUGAAUUGGCGUUGUAGGGUGAUUGACUUC